AUGUGCGAAAACUACGAAACCCACAGCCGCGUCAAAGAAAAGGAGGCCCAAUCCGAGGUCUACAAAAACCGCGUCAUCUACUCCCUCCCCGUCCGCGCCGGCUACUGGUCCAACGAGCUCGCAAUCCGCGAACAACUCGAAGCCUCCUACAACUACAAAAAAGACCACUGCCAACUCCUCAUCCAGAAGACCGGCAAAAUGUUCCGCAACCUCCUCCGCCCCACCUUGCUCAGCCCAGAAAGCACCAACAUCGGCUUCAACAAGAGCUACCAAAUCCGGUCGUACGGGCUCUCCCAAACCAACGCCUGUGGAACCCAAACCCUGCAACCCUUGUACCUGUCCGCCGUCAUCACCGAGAGGGAAAUCGAGCACACCCAGCACCUCAUCCACGGCUGUGUGCUGACGGCCUCCCCCAGCGGGACCCCGUGCGUGCGCAACACCUUCGUCUUCGUGAGGUGCGACUUCCAGAAGGAUACAGGGAUGAUGAACUACGGGGAUGACGUGUAUAUACAGAUUGUGGAGAGUGGCGGGGAGCCGCUGUAUGUGCAAUGUGAGAAUAGUACCAUGGAUACGUUCGGGCAGCAUUUGGGCUUGAGGUUGAGUCAGAGUCCGGAUAUUUACUGCAGGUUCAAAAUUUUUCAUUGGAAGCCGGAGUUGAGGGCGGAGACUAGAGGGACUUUUGUGCUUAAUGACGCGUUUAUCAUUAUACAGCAUACUGCGUCGGGGCACAAUUUGGCCACGGAGUUCCAUAAUUGGAUGCCGACGUUUUUUGGGUCGGAGUGCGUGAUUUCGUGUCAUACGUUUCGGGAUACGCAUAAAAUGGAGACGAGUGAGAAUUUGUGGAGGAUCUCGGGGAGGGAAAGGAGCGACUUGAGGCAGCUGCAGAUUGCCGGACAGAAAGUCGAUACGGAUAAGUCUUGUGAAAAAUAA